GUGACACGUGGUUGAGCUCUUCCUUCUUGUCUGUCUAUGUGCACAGUGUCACAAAAAGAAAGCUGUAAGCCCAUCGGAAUAGGUUUCCCAGUUUUUUUACGCCUCUGUUUUUACGUUUCCCAGUUUUCAAACAACCACCUUCCGACCGACCCACAUAUCCUCGCCCCGGUCGGAGCUGCUUUCUCUUUCUCCAUUGUCGGAUUUUCUCCAGUAGGCAAGGCGGCUAGCGACGCAAGCAACAGCCCCGCUGUCAGGUCAACCACCGGCUCUGCUGCUACUGUCAGGCGGGUGAGAGUGUAGACGAGGGCUGGGCGAGAGAGAAAGUGCCGCUGGGUGUUGCAAAGGGUCUCCAACCCCCCUCUCCACCUCCCCCCUUUCCUGCCCCCUCGGCUCUCUCCUCCCCCCGCCUCCAUCCUCUCUCUCCCCAGCUCGCCUGCUGCCUCCCUCUCCCUCCCUUCCCCGGGUCAGACCCCCGCCGUGCCGCAGACCUCAUCCUCGUCCAUCGCACGCCGACCAGCGGCCAUGACGCUCGAAGCGAUCCGGUAUCGGCCCGGGUCCCUGCAGAUCCUCAACCAGCUCCUGCUGCCCCACGAGACGGUGUACGAGGACAUCCGCAGCGUGCAAGACGGCUACGACGCCAUCAAGAGCAUGAAGGUGCGUGGCGCCCCUGCGAUCGCCAUCGUGGGCUGCCUGAGUCUGGGGGUGGAGCUCCGGGCGGGUGCCGGGGGCGACGACCCCGUGUCCUUCAUCAGGGAGUCGCUGUGUCACCUGACCUCCGCCAGGCCCACCGCCGUCAACAUGGGGCGCGCCGCACGCGAACUCAUGGAGUACAGCGAAAACGAGAGCAUGGAGAAGAGCGGAGAGGCACUCAGAGAGAGUGUGAUUAGCUGGAUCGAGGAGAUGCUGGAGCGUGACGUGGGCGACAACAAGAAGAUCGGCAAUUUCGGCGCGCAGCACAUCCUGUCCGGCGUCCCCAGAGACUCCGUCACCAUCCUGACGCACUGCAACACGGGCUCACUAGCCACCGCAGGCUACGGCACCGCACUAGGUGUGGUGCGCUCGCUGCACUCGCUGGGCCGCCUGAAGCGCGUGUACUGCACGGAGACGCGGCCGUACAACCAGGGCGCUCGGCUGACCGCCUACGAGGCCGUGGCAGAGGGCUUCCCCGCCACGCUCAUCACAGACAGCAUGGCCGCCCUGACCAUGAGGGAGAAGGGCAUCACCGCGGUGGUCGUGGGGGCCGACCGGGUGGUUGCCAACGGCGACACGGCCAACAAGAUCGGCACGUACGGCCUGGCCAUCGCGGCCAAGCACCACGGCAUCCCCUUCUACGUGGCCGCCCCCUCCACCUCCUGCGACCUCAGCCUGGAGAGCGGACGCCACAUCGUCAUCGAGCAGAGGCCCGCCGAGGAGCUGACCAGCAUCAACGGGGUACCAGUGGCUGCACCAGGUAUCGAGGUGUGGAACCCGGCGUUUGACGUGACUCCUCACCAGCUGAUCACAGGGGGCAUCAUCACCGAGCUGGGCGUCUUCCUCCCCUCGGAGCUGCAGGCCGCCCUGACCGGACGCCUCACCGCCCUCUAAGGCCCCCUGUCAUCACCCGGUGGUCCGGAGGCGCAGCUACACCCUCUACCUACCACCCUUCACUGGACGCCUGGCCGGCCUCUAGGCUUUCCAACCCCACCCACCCCCUGGGGAUAUGGAGGGGCAGUGUCCUAAAGGUUCUUUUCAAUAUGUGGACUCCUGUCCUCCUCUGCUUGUGCUUGUGGCCUCGUGUUUUCGAUGAUGCCUCGCCUCCAUGGAGAGAAAACGAUAAUAAAGUUUCCCUGCUGUCGGGCCUAGCCAUCAGCAACUUUUGGGGAGGACUACUCUUCAUUCACCAUCCCGAUUGCACACGAGAAAAUGACAUAAGAAUUGCGCCUUUGCGAGUUUUUGAAAUACACUUCUGUCGUCGGUGACAUCAUCACGAGGCCACAAGCAGGCAAGGGAGCGAGGGAGGGCGGGAGUUCAGAUAUUAGAAAGAACCCACAGGCUGCCUCUCUUCAUAAACCCUCACCGGCUGCCUCGCCGCCCCUUAGGCUCCCUGUCGCCAUCUGGUGGCGUGAAGGAGCCACUGCACCCUCUAACCACCUUCACCCAACCUUACCGUCCGUCCCAAUGGCUGUACAUCGUAUGGACACAGGAUGGCUCAACAGAUUUUCAGCUUUUUCAACUGUUUAUUUUUUUCCCAAGAAAAGACACAUUUCCUUCUUGAAAUUGAUCGUCAGAAACUCCCACUUGCUAUCAAGUGGAUGUUUUUGAUUGCCAGUUCCAACCAGGAUCCUGUGUGUCUGGAUUCUCAAUAGUUGAAAAAUGCUGCAAAUUUAAACAGCUCGACGCCCCAUUCUACAAAAGAGCUUCAAAUUACAGAAAAAAAACCUCUUGGUGUCCAUAUUAAUAAUGUAGUCAUUGGCCUCGUUGCCCUCUAGUCACCCCCUCAUGCCAUCUGGUGGCCUGCUAGUGCAAUUGCACCCUUCACCACCAUUAUUAUGAUGAUGAUUAUGAUGAUCAGGACCAGCACAGUUCACCACCAUGAUACCUGCUAUCUUUCCUGUCUUAGUAUUCACAACUCAACUGGUGAUACUACAGCACACACACACACACACACACACACACACACACACACACACACACACACACACACACACACACACACACAC